AUGACUAAGUUAUUUGAAGGAAUGAUUGAUAAAAUUUAGAGAACGAAGAAUAGCAGGAAUAACUUAAAUGAAGAAUUUAAAUCUUUAAUUAAUCAACCAUACGAUAAUUGCAGGUAGAAAAUAGAAGCAAUUGAAGAAUUUAAUAGUUAGCUAGACCCACUUAAGGAUGAUCUCAUUUAAUUGGAGUAAAACUUCAAGUAAUAAUUUAUAGGAUUCAUCUAGUUUAAAGAUGGAUCUGAUAUGCUAAAUGACUUUCAAAAUGGAUUAAAAUAACUUACUCUAGAUAUGCCGAAUAUUAUAUAUUCUAUAAAGAAGCUUGAAGAUCCUAUCAAGGAAUUUGACAAAUUCAUACACUAAUUGAUUGUAGAUAAUAUCAAUUAUGAGGAAAAUGUUUCUAUCAAAUUGAUUGAUAUCAUUCAAAAAUGCUAUAAAAAAUACAAUAAAUUAGACAGAAAUGCCACAGAAGUAUAUUAAGUUUAUGAGGAGAUAAAUAAAUCUAAGGAAUAAAUCAUCAUAAACUAUCAAGAUAGUUUUUCUUUAAAUGAAUCAUUUGAUAAAGUGAUUGAAUUAUUAAGUAAAAGAGAUUUAUGCAAAGAAAAAUUAAUUAAGUUAAAGAGAAUUCUUACUGAUUUAAAAGUAGAGCUAGGAGAUAUGUUUAUUGAUACUAUUCAAAUAUCACUAACUUAAAAAAUUUAGAAAUUAAAAAAAGAAGUAAAUGACAUGAUUUUUAAAAUAAGCACUAAAAAUCAAUCAAUUUCAUCUGGAUUACUUGAAUAAGAUAUAAGAGGUUCUGAAAAAUAUCAUUAUCAGAAUUAAUUUGAAAACUUCAAGAAAGCCUUAUAGAUGAUUUCAGAGGAUAAUGACUAAUUUAGCUUAGAAUUAUCUGCAGUUUAAUCAAUUAAAGAUAGCAGCAUCAGUAUAUUAUCAAGAUUCGUCUAAAAGCAAAAAGAAACUUGCAUCAGAUCACUAAAAAUUGAUGGGGAGAUAACACAGUUCCAACUCCAAUUAUUAUAGGAAAAAAUAAUGCGUAAAAAAGAUAACAUUGAUAUGAUGUUGAUGCAUAUUAGUUCUUAACAGGAUUUUUUAGGUCCAUAAGAAUUAGUCGAAUUUCGAACAUUAAAGCUAAGACAAAAACAAUCCGAUGACAAAUUUGAGGAAAUAAACAAAACGUAUUUAAGCAUUCCAUUUAGCAGUGAAGAUGAGAACCAGAAUCUUAUCGUGCUGAGUAAAGUAGUUACAGACAUGUAAUAAGCACUUCAGCUUUCAAUCGAUGUAUUGGAUGAAUAUAAAAGUAUACUUAGAGAGCUAAAACUAUUGAAAAUCUAGUAACUUCAUGAUGAAAGAAUUGUAACUUUCAAUGAAGAAGCAUCUGAAAAUGAUAGAGAUGCUAGUGGAAGUAUUACUCCUAAAAAGGGGAUAAUUUAAACUGAUGAAACUGACCUACUUAUUAAUGAAUUUAUUUAAACUAAUAAUGUGGCAAUGCCAAUAACAAAGAUCUAAGCUAAUGUCUACUAAUUUGGCUCUAGAAAAGUUACCACUAAAGUUAAAAAUGGAGUUUUAUUAGUUAGAGUCGGAGGUGGCUAUAUGACGAGCCUCGGGACAGCAUCUCCAUCUUUUAAUACGACUCUCUAGCAUGGUACAUUGAAGAAAUUAAAUUUAGCAGUCUCUCCUAUAAGAAAUCCUAAAAUACCAAUCUUAUAAACAAAUCAAAUUUGCGGAAGAAGAACACAACUUGACUAGAAUUAUCAAACUUAACCUAUUUUUAUCAAAAAUAGCAAUAAUUGUAAAGGAAAAACUUUAGGAAGUGUUAUCUAGGGAUAUACACCAAAAGUAUCUCCGUCCCGAGGAGAGUUGGAUUCAGACAUUCUAAUGACUGAGGAUUUCCAACUGGAAACAAUUACAUCAAGAUUUGAUACAUCAUUUGAAAAUAGUGUUGAAGACUCUUAGCAAUCCUUCGAUUCCUAGCAAUAGAUAUAUCAGUCAGGAAUGACCAAGCAGAUUCAUUAGAAUGGUCAGAUUAAGAGAUUGCAGAAGAAACAAAAAUAAAGGAAAUUAUGA